AUGAGAGGAGAUGGUAUACUAGUUGUAUUACUCAUUCAUUUAUCACUUGUUUUUGGGUUACAUCCGUUUUACGGACAUCAGCGAUAUCGACGGCAAAUUCUGGACGAACCUAAUCAGCAGAUAGAUUUGAAUAUUACAGUACCCUAUAUAUUCUCAGCUAGAUUAUAUACCUAUGGAGCCAACCGAGGAGAUAUACCAAUUCAUGGAAGACAAGAAAUCUACAAAUUGGAAAAUCCUAUCCAUUUCAUGGGCAAUGUCUAUGACAGUGUUUAUAUCUCUCGAGAUGGAUCAGUGGGAUUCACUGAAAAACGUCAGAAACCAUCAGCUCUUCCAGUAGAAGAACCAACAAUUGCAGUUUUCUGGCAACCUGCCACCCUCGGAAAUGUUUGGUAUCGCGAGACUUCCGAUGUCAACAUUAUGAAUCUGGCUCACAACGAAGUCAAUAUUCAAUACAGAUACGGUUCCCAGUUUCGUGUUAGAUCAGUGGUUCUAAUCACGUGGGAAGGGGUAAAGGAUCCGAUCGUACCAGAAUCAGAAGGAAACACAUUCCAAUUGGCACUUAUUAUUGGAGACUCGAUGACAUUUGCCCAUUUCAUCUACAGUAAACUAAAUUAUAAUACGAAUGCAAUCGCUGGAUUUUCAACUGGACAAUCCUCAUAUUCUCUUCCUGAUUCAGCAACUCAUGAUGCGAUUCUUCUUUCCGAAAAAUCAGAUAUUGGAAUUCCAGGAGAAUGGUUGUUCAGGGUAGAUGGCAAUCAAAUAUAUCUAUGUGGAGCAGGAUUCAAAGGAUUGGAAUGCAUUGAAAGUUGUGCUCCAUCCCAAUGGUUCAAUGAUUGUUCGAAGAGUUGUCACUGUGAUGGAGGAGAUUCAUGUGAUCAGGAAAACGGAAGAUGUCCAAAUGGAAAAUGCUCUCCUGGGUGGACUAGUGAACCGAUUUGUGAUGAAGAUCUGGAUGAAUGCGAAAUGGGAAUUGAUAAUUGUCCAAACGAACAACCUGAUUGUCUGAAUACACCUGGAAGCUUUCUGUGUUUAUGUUUCGAAUACGAUGAAGAAAAACAAAAAUGUAAAAAUUCGAAGCCAGCUCCACCAAGUGCUCCAAUUCCUGUUGAUGUUAUACCAAUGCAUCCAACCUUCACAAGGAAGCCAGCUCCUGCAAAAGUUACAGUGUCUCCACGAAACCGUUUCAAAUCAACCACCGCUAGAACUACACAAGCAAUCACGACGCAUUCAUCUACAGAAAUUCCUACAACGACGAGAGAAAAAACUAUGUCAACUCCACUGCUCACAACUGAAGUUGUCACCAGAACAACUACAACUCCUACAGUAGUGACAACACCUUCCGCUUGCUCCAGAUGUGAUCAGAAUGCAAAAUGUUCUAAUGGAAUCUGCGCAUGUUCUAAAGGAUUCACAGGAGAUGGCUUCAGAUGUUACGAUGUGGACGAAUGCCAAAUCCCAGAAGAUGUCUGUGGAGAUCACUCGAUUUGUUCGAAUACAAUCGGAAAUUUUGAAUGCACUUGCCAUGGCGGAUAUCGGUUUGAAGAGGGAAAGUGUCAAGAUGUGGACGAAUGCCGUGAGUCUCCAAAAAUCUGUGGGGAUCCAAACAAAGGAACAAGAUGUAUAAAUAAGGAUGGAUCAUUCGAAUGUCUAUGUAAAGAUGGAUAUGAAGGAGAUCCAUCUUCAGAAUGCAGAGACGUCGACGAAUGUAAAAAUGGAGAUGCAUGCGGACCGAAUUCACAAUGUACUAACACAGAAGGAGGUUAUGAAUGUGAAUGUCUUCCUGGAUUUGAAAGAAUAGCUGAAGGAGCUCACUGUACAGAUAGAGAUGAAUGUGCUGUGGAACCAUGUCACCCAGCUGCUACUUGUAGUAAUACUAGAGGAUCUUAUAAGUGUGAAUGCAUCGAUGGAUUUGUUGGAGACGGAAAAACGUGCCAUGAGACCAUCCUCUACCCGAUUUCCAAUGAUUCGACAGUGAUUCCGAGGUCAUGGGAUUCAAAUACUGCAAUUCCACUUGCCAAAGAAAUCACUAUUUUUGGAAAGAAGUAUUCCAAGAUUUAUCUCUCAACAAACGGAAUUAUAUCGUUCGAAGAGCCCUUACAAGGUCUCAUAGACCAUGCGGAUACUCUGAAAAAACCUGCGAUUUUCGCCCUCCAUGCUCAGUUCGACUAUAUUAGAGAUGGAUUGGUUGCAUACACAUAUAUCAAUGAUACUGAUGCAGUGACUCUCCCUCUUCUAAUGCGUUCUUCUAUUGGUAUUCAAACAUCGAUGGGGAUCGAAAACUUCCACACAAAACGUCUUCAUAUAUUUACUUUCGACAGAGUCAGACAAUCCGGAUCAGAAAACUUUAAUUCUUUCCAAAUAGUAUUAGCUGAAUCUGAUAAGGAUUUCACUAUUCUUUCGUUGAUUUAUGAAAAAGUACAAGCUCGAGGACCAAUGACUGGAAUUUCGACUCCUAGUCGAUUCUUAAUGCUUCCAAAUAAACGCCUGACCAGUGGAUCAAAUGUGGGACAACCUGGAAAAUGGAUGUUCCGAGUGGAUGUUGCUGAUCUUCAAACAUGUCCUCCAGGCAGAGUAGGAGAGCCAUUCUGUGAUAGAGAAUGUGCAGCAGGUCACUAUGGAAUUAAUUGUGUAUCAACGUGUCAUUGUGACGGAUCAGUUGCCUGUGAUGUGGUCACUGGAAUGUGCCCUGGUGCACUAUGCAGAGCCGGAUGGGAAGGAUCAUCUUGUGAUCAGGACAUUGACGAAUGUGGAAUGAACCUGGUGACAUGUGCAGAUGGAUCCCAAUGUGUCAACACAAGAGGCGGUUACAGAUGUGACUGUAAGAAAGGAUUCGUCCCGGUUGGAAAAGAAUGCAAGCAAAUCGAUCAAUGCUUAUCACGAUUCUCAGUACCUUGUUCUCGAAACGCUGAAUGCGUUAAAUCAGAAGGCGUUAAUCCAAAAUGUGUGUGCCGAAAAGGAUAUCAUGGGGAUGGAUUCAGAUGUACGACAAGAGAAAAUGUGAAAUCAGCUGGCGGCAAUCGUCUGGUGUCAGAUUUGACACAUCAUUUGAUGGAAGUUGAUGAUCUUCCAGGAGCAAACACAACCGAUUCGUCUGUUCCAUCUUCUUCCGAAAAUCCAUUUGUAAUGAAAAAUUGGGUCCCAGACCGGGUUGGAGAAACAACUCCAUCUCCACAAAGACCUAAAUUCGUCACUGUUCAGACUCCUCCGCUUUUCUAUACAGCACCACCAAUAAAACCAAAAAUGAAUGACAAAGAUAUGGACCUGAUGGAUGGAGAGAAGCCAAGAGCUGAAGAAAGUGGAAGUUUUCCAUGUAAGAAAAAUUUGAUUUCUGUUUUGUAUAUUAUUGGUUCGGCGAUGCUCUUCAUUUGGAUAGUUCUUAUUAUUUUGGUGUGUGGUGUCAUGUAUAUGAAUAAGAGAAGGCGUCGAAAUGUGGAACGACAACAAUAUGCAGCUAUGAGAGGCUGGAAAGGAGGCCAAUUUCAUUCAAGAUCGUCGAGAAUGAUAACAACUUCGAAUCCAAAUGUCAUCUAUGGACAAACUCCAAGGAUAACACCUUACGAAAGUUAUUAA